CACAAAGUCAUAAUCUCAACAAACCACGUAAACCUAGAAAUAUGGAAGCAUACUCUAAUUCAAAAACCAAUAUCUCAGCUAAAACCAUGCCAAGCCCCACCCCCACCUCUCCAAUUCUCACCUCGACCCCGCGCCUGCACAUCUCCCUCCUCUCCCCCACCCCAACGCACAGCACCUUUCUCCACCACCUCUGGACGAGCCCAGACUUCACCACCUCCUGCGGCCCCUCGCCCUUCAAAACCCCCGACGACGCCACAGCCUUCCUCAUCAACCGCCUGCAAAGCAUCUACACCACCUCCAACCACCAGCGCGGGAUCUUCCUCCUCUCCCGCCGACCGCACCCCACCGCCCCGCUCGCCGAAAGCGUCCCCAUAGGCACCAUCUCCCUGAUGCAAGGCACCCCGCCCGACGGAUACAGUGUCCCCGACAUCGGGUUCAGCGUGCUGCCCGAGGAGAGCGGGAGGGGGUAUGCGACCGAAGCCGGGCGGGCGGUGGUGGAGUAUGCCUGCACGGAAUUGGGGGUGGAUGGGGUGUUUGGGUUCUGUGAUGUGAAUAACGCCCGGAGUCGGCGGGUGUUGGAGAAGAUCGGGUUGGAGUUUCGGGGGGAGAGAGCGUUGAAGGUGUUUGGUGGGAAGAGGAGUGCUGUUUAUGCUUUGCCGGGGAUGGCCAAGGAUUUGGGGGUUUAUGGGGUGGAGGGCUGAGUUAAUCUAUUUCCUUUCCGGAGAGGGGGGUUUGAGGAAUUGUGGUGUGGUUUUGAGGCUGCUUUAAGAUGCGGUAUUCGAGACGGAUGAAGAAAAAUGCGAAUAGUAUUGUAUGCUAGUUUAUGCACAACGGUACUGAUAUUAGUCAUAGUAAGCAGCUCAUCAAUGCACAA